AGCGAAGACGGACUCUUAUGAGCGCGACACACAGAGGCUUUCUUCAUUGAGAAACUAAUAUUUAGUGCUUAAUGGCAGUUCCGUUCAGUAAUUCAGUUCAGUUCGAAACUGUUCCCAUUUCGUAGAAGCCAAUCCUAGUAAAACACUUUACUCUCUGUGUACUAUGUUUAAGAGGAUGGCUGAAUUUGGUCCAGAUUCGGGGGGACGGGUGAAGGGAGUGACUAUCGUGAAACCUAUCGUGUUUGGAAACGUUGCACGAUAUUUUGGCAAGAAAAGAGAAGACGAUGGUCACACUCAUCAGUGGACAGUUUAUGUGAAGCCGUACAGAAACGAGGAUAUGUCUGCUUAUGUCAAAAAAAUACAGUUCAAACUGCAUGAAAGUUACGGGAACCCUUUAAGAGUGGUUACGAAGCCUCCGUAUGAGAUUACAGAGACUGGAUGGGGAGAGUUUGAGAUCAUCAUAAAGAUCUUCUUCAUGGAUCCAAAUGAGAGACCGGUAAAUGGCAUUCAAUGA